ACCCCCCACCCCCCUGCAUGACGUAACACCCAGUCUGAAAGUGCAAUGGCGAUAUUGGACAAUAACAGCCAUCGCUUUUGGACACCACAUCUGUAUUAUGUGGCUAACGUUGAAGAAAACACCUCCAGACGGCUGCACAAACACGUGUAAGAUCCACACAGCGCGCGAGCGACGACCUGCGACCAGGAAGGAGGAUCUGCCAGCCUGUGCACGCGAUGACAGUUUAGACUAAAAAACGCUGGUAAGUGCAAACUCCGCUCAUGGCCACGGGAUUUGCAGAAAGCUCGUAAACGGGUGUCUUUCAGGCUUCAGAUUUCAAAGGGGCGUGGCGGCGUGAUGGGUACCACUCCUGACUAAAAGGAUGCUGAUAGCUUAGCAACAGCGACAAGGAAGGAGGGAAAGGAUGGAGGGAGGAUGGAGGGAGACAAUGGAUGUGCGGGCUGUCAGCGUCGUUACUGGGUAGGCUGAGCAGAGUGUGGAUUGUGUGAGUGGAAGGAGAUCUGUUAGUGCCUGAAGGAGCCGUGGAUGCAGAGUGGAAAUGUAAACAAAGGGUGUGGGCCUACAGCUGGCCUGUGAUGCUCUGCCUCAGAAAGAGAGAGAGAGGAACCAUUACUGCUGCUGCUGCUGCUUUAAGAUUUUACACACAUGAAUUACUCAGAAUUAGUCACCACAGACUGGUUAUCGCUCUAACUGUUGCAUCAGGCUGAUUCUUCACCACAUUUCUACGUUUUCCUCUCCUCUCCGGCAGGUGUGACGUGUGAACAGACACCAUGGCCACGCAGGAACCGUCCCCUCCGUCCUCCAUGGAGAGCAACAAGCCCGGCUUCCCCAAGAAGAUCCUGGGCAACAAGCUGGAGGACAAACACCUGUGCAACUGCUGCCACAACAUACUCAGACGACCGUUUCAAGCCCAGUGUGGACAUCGCUUCUGUUCCUACUGCUUCAACAGGACUGUCAGGUCAGAUGGACGCCGAACUGAGCGAGAUUUACAGGGUGGCUGCAGCAGGGAAGUAGGACUCAGGGGGGAAAAAACAAACAAAGCAACAGUGCAGUGUAGGAAUCUGUGUUUUAUGCAUGCAAAAAUGAAAAGUGCACGAGUUUGCACAUCCAAAUUCAACAAAACGAGAAGAAAUAAUUGUGCAAAACUACAUUUUUCAGGCUGCCCUAUCUCAUAUCAUGAUAACUGAUAUUUAUAUCUUACUAUCACUCUGAUGCUGCUGCAAGAAAAGGUGGUGCUUGUGUAUUUUUCUUGGUAAAGUAGCAACCAUUAAAGAGGCCAAAAGCUGUCAAAUAAAUGCAGGUUCAAAGUUGCAUUUAAGGACAGCACUUUAAUUUAUUUAUUUAUUCUUUUAUUUAUUAAGAUACCACUGUAGGGUGUGUCAUUUGUGCAUUUUUAAUUUAAAAUGUUGCUUCUUUGCAGUAAUGGACCCCAGAAAUGCAGCGCUUGCAUCAAAGAGGAUAUUUUCGAGGACCCGACAUCGAUUUUGAAACAAGGAUGUGUGAGUAAACAUGAGUUUUUAUCAAAUUAAGGCCGAAGAAAACAGCGUGAACUGAUAUUUCUCAACAGAACUUAAACCAAACUAGUAUUGUCGCAGUCUGUUAAUGAAAGAACUUGGAAUAAGCACUUUUUUCCCACUACUCAUAAGUUGUUAGUUGUUAUUUUUCUGUCAAAAUAAAGCUGCAAGAGCAAACCUGAAAUAGAAAGUUAUUAAACUCUGAUCUACACUGUUAACUAUUUCACCUCUUCUCCUCAAUUUUCUUUGAAUCACACCAUGUGAGAAAUGUAAUGUCAUGUAAUAUUUUGAAAUAUUUAUUAGUAUUGGCCUCUGAUCUGAUUUCCUGCAAAGUCUAGAUCUACAGUGUAACUUCACAGACAACAAAGACGAAGAAUGCUCCCCCUUAACUCUGGUGGAGUAGGUUUCAAUGCAAAAUAAAGUCAUAUCUAAACAAGUUAUCCUGAUAUUAAGUCGAGGUCUCCACACGUCGUGAAACUGAGGAGAGACAAAGAAGAAGCAGCAGCUGCCAGUAAACUAGCUGCAGCAUCUCUCUGAGAGAUGAUUCGUCACUUUUGAAACUGAAAUUUGAAGAUUUAUUGCAAUUAUAAAAACAAUUUGAGAGCUUUUGCCUCAUUGGGUCGAUAAACAAUUCAACAUUUCUACUUUCUGACCUUCUUUAAACUGUUUUUAUUCAGGUCCAAAACUUACAAAACAGAUACAAAUUUUCAGGGGGCUGAUGCCAAUACCGUUAGCUGAUUGGCUAAUAUAUAAUAACAAAAGUCACUUAUUUUGGUUCUGUCAAAAUAAAACCAUAAAAUAUUGCUAACAAAUCAGUUAUGAAAUUUAGGAACUUAUGUAAAUUAUUUUAGUUAUACACUUUUUUAAAUACACUUAAAACAAAAAUAUUUGGCUCAGUAAAAUAUUGCUUGUACGGACUUAAAGAUUGCUUGACACCUCUCUGAAAAUGCUGAGAAAGACAAAAGGUUUGAGGUAAAUAUUAGCAUUAUUGUAAAACUGCAUUAUUCUAUACAUCAAAAUAGAAUAUAAAACCAGCCAGCGACUCUUUUGUAUUCAUAUGACGUUAUUGGGGACAGAAAAAAUGCAAAAAGAUACUUAUCAGCCGGAUCAAUCAGCCAACUAUUUAGUCUUUCUCUAUUUACAACCCAAACCAGAAGUGGCAUUAAUUUCACAAUAAAAGCAUAGUUUGAGGAAGUUAACCAAAAUCCAAGACAAAAAAAAAAAAACACAUCCAAAUAAAAGUAUAUGAUGUCUUCUCCAAAGAAGUGUCAGUCACAGAGCUGAUGAUGUGGAUAAAUUUGAACAUAUUGAUGUUUAUAUUGAACUUAUAAUACUUGCUUUAACUAUGAGUCUCUCCUCAAACACAGUCAAAGUGGACAGGGGUCUUUUUUUAUUCCCUGUAAUAAUGGAUGAGAACGAACUCCCCUGUCCUACUUUCCAAACCUACAUUCACGGCUCACUAACCUGCUCUCCCAGUCUUGUCUUUAAGGGCUUGUUCAGCCCAGAAAUGAAAAAAGCUUCCUCAUGCUUUAUUUGUGAGCUGACAUGCAGGACAAACGACACCGCUGGUGAUCAUUUCUCUCGACAUUACUCUGAAAAAUAAAUACAUCAUGGGAUCAUAAAACUCCAGAGAGGGAAUGCUGCAGAAAUAACAUCACUUCUGUUUGUUUUCUUUCUUUCUUUUCAGGCUUUUCCUGACAACGCAGUUCGAAGGGAAGUCGAACACCUUUCAGCUGUUUGUAUCAAUGAAAGUUGCACUUGGAAAGGCAGCAUUAAAGACUACGAGGUGAGGAGAUAUUUGACCUACUUUAGGGAUUUCCCUGAUACUUAAAAUUCAACCUCUGUAGCCGAUCAGUACUUUAGUUUUCAUUGAUGGAAGCUCUCAAAUUCAGCCCAGUAAAAACACUUAAAACUACAUGUCCAAAGUGGGGAUGGACAUCUGCUGACUGAGAUAAAAUAUAAAUUAUGGCUGUCAAAGAUAUUGAUGUUGAUUUAAGUUAUCUUAAGUGAUUUUGCUACUCUUAGCUGGCUUAACCCGCUUUUCUUUUAACUAUUUUAACAAUAGGAAUAAUGAUAAUAUGGUACCUUUCAAAACAAAAGUUUACCAAGUGCUUUGACAGACCAAACAGAAUAAAUGGAUUAUAAGAGUGGAGGAGAAGUAUAUCAUAAAUCAUAGCAAAUAAAAGUGCAAAACAGAAAAAAGGUUUUAGGAGGAAAAGAAUAAAAAAAUGAAGUAAAGGAAAAAAGGAAAUAAAGACAACCUUGAAAGUUUUUUUUGUUGCUAGGAGCUGUAAGCUUACUGAUUUCCAAUGUGAAGUUAAACAUGUUAAUACAGGGCUCUAUGGAAAUUAACUCACUUUUGGAGCAAGCCUCCAGUGGCCACUUGAGGAACUGCAGGUUUAGGCACUAAAGAUGUUAGCGUCUUUGUUUUCGAACCCUGUAGUUUGUCACUUUUUUAAAAUAAAUAGUCAAGGAGCAACAGAGGUUUUCUGUACAGUCAAGCUUUACUUUCUCCAGAUGAACCACGAGGGGAAGUGUGAGUUCAUGAUCAUCCCCUGCCCCUCCUGUAAAGAACGAAUCCGCUUCAAUGAACAGGAGCGCCAUAAUGAGCGAGAGUGCCCGGAGAGAACGCUCAACUGCAAGUACUGCAAGGAGCCAUUUCACUUCAAAAACAUCAAGGUAAGAAAUGAUUUAUUUAGAUGUGCUCUGAUGCUGCGAGUGCCGCUGUCUGUGCCACUACAUAACAUGACCUCACUGCAGCUAAAGAAGAAACAUGACCGUCCUUCUUUUACAGGCUCAUGACGAGAUCUGUCCCAAGUACCCGAUGAUCUGUGAGGGCUGUGCAAAGAAGAAAAUACCCAGAGAAAAGGUACAGCUGUGAACGGCCCAUGCAAAAUAGGAACUUUUUCAAAUACAGCAGCAUUUAAGAGUGAAUUUUCAGCUUAAUGCAAAAGUUAAACACUUAAAUUUACUCAUUAUGAAGCGGUGCACACACACAAAUCUUCUUUUGGAGUUAUUUCUAGAUUUCUUGAAGACUUUUCUGCACAAAGACGGAAAAUAUCCUGAUAAAAAUAAAGAUUGAAAUGUUAGGUUUUAUCACCAGUUGCCCAAAAUGUUGAUCCUGUGUCUCGUCCAGCUAACUAGAGGUCAUAAUUUUGUCUGAGGGUAUAAAAAUAUAAAUCUUUCUCUAUAGUAUGUCAUUCCAACUCCUUUUUGCAUAUGCAAAUUAAAAUAUUUCAGUGUUUGCUGAAAUAAUUAUUUGAUUUUCCUAUCUCUUUGCAACUUAUUUUUUUUAUCUGUAUUGUAUGUUUGAAAUAAGACAAAUUAAUUUUUAGCAAUCGUUGUUUGGAUCCAAAUAAAAUGUGGAAAACAUGUUUAAAGCCUUUUAAUAGUGCAGCAGAUGUAGUAGCAAUUUUUCACUCUUAACUCUCCAAGGAUUCUUUAAGGUAGUUUUUGAUCACUUUCUGAGCUUUUAGAAAAAAUGUCUUAACUUGAGUAGAAAGACUUUACAUGCACAAAAAAUGCAAAGUUAGAUAACAGUAAUAAUGUCCCUGUUUUGUUUUCUUCUAGUAUGUGGACCACAUCAAGUUCUGCAGCAAAUUCAGGACUCCAUGUCGAUUUCAUGUUGUGGGAUGUGACAUGUCUGUAAGUAUCCUGAUUUGUUUUAUACUAAUAUUUUAUUUUACAGCCCUAAUCUUAAAGCCAUCAAUCAGGGACUUGCAGGCAGACCAGUUUCUCAGCAGUACUCUUCUCCUACAGAGCCAUGCUGUUGUGAUUCCUGCAGAAUAGGGUUUGUUAUUGUCUGGAUGGCAGCUUAAUGUUGCUUUAAUCAUAUAUUGUUUACAGCGUUGCCCCUUUAAAUGAUAUUCUGUGCUGUAAGGUUUUAUGAUGAGGAACGUUAUCCUGAAAUUGUGGGUCUGUUUGUGCUUUCUGUUCCAUCACAGUUUUUUUCCUCUUGUUUGUAGGUGGAGAAAGAAAAGAUCCAUGACCACGAGCGCGCCUACGCCUACGAGCACCUCAACCUGCUGCUGCACUACAUCAUGGGCAUGAAGGUGAGCAUGGAGGGCCUGCAGCCCCAGGGACUGGAAGUCGCCGGACAAAAACUGGUGGAGCUCCAACAGUCCCUCAGGGAGCUGGAGGCCCGAGUCUCCCAGCUCAGCACCACCUCCUCUGGGCCUCCCGUGCAGGGAGCCGCAGCCGCCUCCUCCUCUUCAUCUUCCAGCUCCGGCCCCCCUGGCCCCCCCACCUCCGCUCCUCUCCCUCCACCUCCCACUCUGGCUCCCACUUUGUCCGUGUCCACCUCAUUUACACCCCUGCCCAGCUCGGUGGGUGCAGCGCUGGAGCUGCAGCUCCACAGUGAGAAGACCAAAGUAGUCGAGCUGGGUCGCAGGUGUACAGAGCUGGAAGUCAAGUCGAGCACGUUUGAGAAUGUGGUGUGUGUCCUGAACAGAGAGGUGGAGAGGUUCGCCACCACCAUGGAGGCCAGCAACCGUCAGCACAAACUGGACCAGGACAAGAUCGAGGCUCUGAGUAACAAGGUAGGACUCAAAACUCAGUCUGAACACAGGAUUUUAGAUUCAUAAUUUUGAUACAGAAAGUGUUCUAGACAUUUGCAUAUCACGUUCUUUAUUCUAGUUAAAUCAAAGUGUGCGUUUCUUCUCAGGUGCGUCAGCUGGAGAGGACGGUGGGGCUGAAGGACCUGACAGUUGCUGAGAUGGAGGGCCGGCUGAGGGAAAUGUCUGCCACUACCUUUGACGGUGUCUUCAUUUGGAGGAUCUCUGAUUUUGCCAAAAAGAGACAGGAUGCUGUUGCAGGUCGAGCCCCAGCCAUGUUUUCACCAGGUAACUGUAUCCAUGAUCUCAGAGCAGAUGGAGAAAUUCUCUCUCGAUUGACUUUAUUAACGACCGCAGGAUAGCAAUACACAGCAGUCCAAGGGGCCAUAAACAAACCUCAGACAAAAUGCCACUCUAUAGCCACAAAUAAUGCUCAGAACAGCACCUAACUUCUUCAACAGUACAUAUAGGGUCCCAGCCAUAGCACUAGCCACCAAACAUCUUUUUAACUUUGCCUGAUUUCUUUAGCAAAGAGACUAAACACAACUCACCUACUCUCCUCCAGCAGCCGCUUUUUUGUAGCCAGACCUCGGGCCAGUCCAUUAGUGGGGUGACGCAGCUCAAGGAAGAUCAUUUAUGAUCAUUUCUUCAUGGAAAUGCAAUCAGACUGAGACGCUAAGGCAGAAGAACUACCGCGUCUGCAGUGCAAAAUGAUUAAUAUGGUGAUUAUUACUUCAAGGAAAUGAUAAAGUAAUGAUCAUAAAUGUUCUUCUAUGAGCUGCGUCACCCCGCAGCAGUUGAUGGACUCGCCCGGAGGUCUCCGUACAAACAAGCGGCUGCAGGAAGAGAGUAGGUGAGUUGUGUUUAGUCUCUUUGCUGAAGAAAUCAGGCAAAGCUAAAAAGAUGUUUGGUUGCUCGUACUAUGGCUGGGACCCUUUAUGUACUGUUGAUGAAGUUAGAUGCUGUUCUGAACAUUAUUUGUGGCUAUAGAGUAGUGUUUUUGUUGAGGUGUGCGCGUGGCUCCUUAGACCGUUGUGUAUUGCUAUCAUGCGGUUGUUACUUAAGUUGGUUUAACUAGAAAAGCAAGUGGUUGGCAACAUUCAUCUCUCAAGGGGGUGUCUAACUCCGUGUUACGGUGUGUUUGACCCUAAAUUAAUUUCACGCCAGAAAGGCCCUUUAAUAAAGAAGCCUCUUUAUCUGCUUAUAACUAGAGUUAAACAUUCCCUCUGUUUCCUUUCAGCCUUCUACACCAGUAAGUACGGCUACAAGAUGUGUCUGCGGAUCUACCUGAAUGGAGAUGGGACCGGGCGUGGCAGCCACCUGUCCUUGUUCUUUGUGGUGAUGAGGGGACUGAGCGACGCUCUGCUAAAAUGGCCUUUUAACCAGAAGGUAAACCAUCCACAGACACAGUUUGUGACCUUUUUUUUAUCAAGUAAACAGUCAAGUUCUGAUUGCUCUUGUUUUCUUAAGGAUUGCAAUUAAGCAUAAUGUUAGUUCAGGCAGACCGCAAAGUCUGCUGAUUCUCAUGCCAGCUCAUAUCAGCUAACACCUUUUAUACAUCCAGUUGGUAAAUGUCAAAGAGGGUGUUUUAUUUGAACUGCUACAGUCUGCUUCCUUUGCAAACUGCUUUUGCAACUCACCUCCGCCUUAUUAUCGCCUUUUAUGCUGAGUCUGAUUAAACAAAGACCACGUGUAUUACAACUGCUCUGCUCUGUACCCCUGGGGUCUUUGCUGCUGCUCUCCCUGCCUUGGUUUUCAGUAAAUGCAUAUGAAAAAAGGGAAGGUGCGCCCUCCUCACGGCAGGUUAUGUCAUUCAACACAUGCACGUGGUGUGAUGGAAGCUCUUGGAAUAACACCGUACCACCUAAUAAAAACCUUUUCAAGCUAUACUAAGCUGAGGUUUCGGUCUUCAAAACAACAGCUAUUUUGAUUCAUGAACUUUGAAUUAAAGGCUGCAGAUAAAAGAUGCAUGAUAUAUUUAUUUUAAGAGCUCUCUGCUCUGAUCAAACUCUGGCCUAUUUUACUUUUCUCGUAACAACUGCAUGGUGAACCAGGACUGUCAGAUAUGAUCCGAUUUCAUAUCAUGGUGUUAAUGCUGGGCGUUAAAACGAUAACGACAUAUAUCGAAAUUGAAUUUCCCUUGAUACCAAUAUAAAACAUGGAUGAUAUGCUUUUUAGAUAGUUGGCAUUAAAAAGGAGAAAAGGGCGUUCUCCAUGAUUUAGCUGGGUUUAGAGCGGCAAGAUGUAUGGUGUGUGUCCCUGUUAAAAGACACAGAUACAAAUGUCCAGUUAAGUGGUGGAUUUAUUUGACUGUGGUUCGGCAGAUACAGAUACACAGCAACAAUCAGUACAGCUCACACCAUACAUAACAUGAACAUCAAGUAGCAUGAGAUAGCAUUAGCCAAAUUAUGGUAAACAAUACAUUAACACAAUAUAGCAUCUAACUUGGACAGUGAAACAUCAUAAAACUCACUUCUGUCAUUUACACACAAUAAACCCGGGAUAUGAAGGUGAAUAUUGGGUAAAAACAGGUAAGAGGAAAUUUACGAACUUUCCUCUGCCACAUGAGGAGGAAAACUAAACUUUUGCAGCUGCGGCACCUCACACACAGGUGCGGUGUAUUCAAUAGCGUCGGUACACCUAUGGUGCGUUCACAUACGACAAAUGAAUACACACUUUAAAACACAAUAUAACUGAAUGGUAUUUACUUGAAAACACCUAAACAACAUGGGCUUUUUAACAGGCAUUUUGCCAUGUCUCAAGCGCAACGCUGUACGACAAAACGUCAAAGAGACAUACAGCCUUCACAGAUUCAGUAGCUUAUUGUAUUGCAAAGGAUAUGCCACCAAUAAGCACUGUUAAAUUAUAUUUUAUAUUGUGAUAUAUAUCGAUAUCGACUGAUAUGAAAAAAUUAUAUCAUGAUAAACUUUUUCCCAUAUCACCCAGCCCUACAUGGUGUGUUUUAUUUUACAUUCAAACCAUGGUUUAUUAAAAAUGUAAAGCUCUGACUAAAUGAUGUGAUAAAUAAGAACUUUCUUCAGGUUUCACCUUCUUGUCUCAUGUCCAGGUGACUCUGAUGCUGCUGGACCAGAGCAACAGGGAGCACAUCAUCGAUGCCUUCAGACCUGACGUCACCUCCUCGUCCUUCCAAAGACCCGUGAGUGAGAUGAACAUCGCCAGCGGCUGUCCGCUCUUCUGCCCGCUCUCUAAGCUCGACGCCAAGAACUCUUACAUCCGUGACGACACCAUCUUCAUCAAGGCCAUCGUGGACCUCACCGGCCUUUAGGCAUCCCCUCUUGGUGUGGUCUAGUUUGGCAACAUGGCAGCUCUUUGACCAUUACGGCUUCAUUUUGGCUCGAUCGUGGUCCCUCUAGGGCUCUGUUCAGGCAUCUCACUGUCCCCCUCUGCAGCUUUGGGGAGGCAGACAUGCUUGUGACUGCAUGUGGCUGCAGUCCAGAUGGCGUCGGCGUUGUCAUAUCCGGUGGUUUCUAUGUGAGAACCACAGUCACUGCUGUACAUUUCAGGUGCAAAACUUUUUUCUUUUGACAUCACGGUGAUAAAAUAUCACUUCACAUAAGUUUUCAGUUAAAAGACACAGAAGCGAGCACCGGUGCAGCGUGGUCAGUGCAGGGUAAAGCAGAAGCGGAGAUGUCAGAGGAGUAAAAAGAGUUUACAGCACAUUUUAUACAUUUGAAAACUUGAGUUUUAGCAGAAAAUGCAGACUGUUUUAUGGGUGAAUUUUAGAUUUCAGAUAGUUGGUGUGAUCGUACUGGGUGUAGAAAGCUGGCAGUAGAUUAUAAUAGAGGUAGAGCAUGGCUUUUGCUUUUUCUUGCAGAUUGUGGAUAUUGUGAGCUUCUCAAUUCCAGUGUCGAGUGAAUUUGCAUAGACAAACGUGGAGUUAUGUUAUGAAUAAGAUAACAGGCACUUUUUGCCUCUUUUAUUUCACGCAAAGUGCAUGCCGCUGGCGUUUUAAGUAGGAAAAUCAGUCCUUAUCCGGACUGAGCUUCACUGAAGUUCCUUGUUUGUCGUUAGUGAGUUAGCCAUCCGUGAUGGUGGACAUUGCCUGCAUGUCUUUGGAGCCAGGCUUUUUUACAUGUAAAGUUAGUGUUGCGUAUUUGUUCCUAUUAGGGGUUUUCUGAUUGGUGGUUGGUACAUCUGUGGAAGAUAACAGUGGAGUUUACCAAGGAGUCAGGGCAGCUUGCCGGAUGAGCCUGAGGCGUUAAACUCUCCGACAAACACACAAAGCUGGAGUUUUUCCCCCCCAGGAAGUGCUCACUCGCUCACAUCUCAACACAUAGUGCCGUGCCCCACCACAGAUUGAGGUCAACACAGAUUCCACGAAAUGAAGGAAUUGUCUUUUCCUUGUUUUCUGUCCAUACAGUAUACAGUGCAUAUGUGUUUCUGCUGCUCUAACAUAGAUACUGAUGUGAAUCUUAUAAAUACAUGUUGGUGAGGUAAAUGUGCGUGGAGGCUGAGAGGCUGACACGCUUCGUAAUCAGCCGUUAUUGACAUUAUUUAUCGCAGAUUGGUGUUCAGUGCAGCCCUGAUUACUAAUUUAAUGUGCUCUCAUUGCUCUCCAUAAGGCAACACAAAUGUAAUCUUCAAUAUAAGCUGACAUGUUGUUUUCUACAUGUCCACCAGAGGUUGCUGUUGCACUUACUUAGCAUGCAUGCUGAGGUUUAUUUGAGCUUCAUGCUGGCCUGUUUGAAAACCAGUCUCGACCUGUAUUGAACCCUCUCUGUGCAUGGGAGGCUUCAAUUCAUACUCACUAAGGAGUUUCACACUGGUUUACCUCCCUGUGAGCCUCGUGUGAAAGCGUUUAUUUGUAUUCGUUUGGAUGAAAAGUCAUAGAAUAGUUAUUAUGUUAUAUCCGGCGCUGCAUCUGUCCAACAGGGGCAGCCGCCUAUAUUCAUAGCAAUUUAUAAAUAUGUAUCUUUCAUAUCAUAAUGUUGAAAUUAUCUAUAUAUACAUGUUAAUAUACAGGAGAUGUUAUAAUAAACAUAGUAUUACUGAAUACCUUAUUAAUUCUAUAUCUAUAUACCAGCUUUUUGUUUGUCAAGAUGGUUUGAACAGGCCAGGACGCCCCUUCUUUUGUGCAGUAAGGACUUAGGAUUCCUUCUCGAGUGCAAUAUCCGAAUGUGUCUGUUCGAUUUUGACGACAUCUCGGCUCUAAGGGUUCACAGAGGUCAUACUUGACUCGCUUGUUUACAUUACUCGUCAUGCUGAAGAACUGCAACAAGGAAGAAAUGGUGCUUUCCUUGUCAUUUAGCAUAAUAUGCUACUUCAUACCGCUAACACAAGCCAGAAGCUAAUCAUGAAGCUAGCUGGCUAAAAGAGCUGAUAAUUCUUGGAAAGUCCAUUUUCAUGUUGAGGAAUUUAUGCUAUAUACUGUCAGUGGGUUUUUAUUCUGAACUUUCAAUUUUCAAUAAGACUGAGCAUGUAAGAAGUACAUGAUCUUUUUAAACCUUUGAGUGUUCCUGUCAUGUGCCAAACUCAAAUAUUACCUCCAUAUUAUACUAACAAUGUUGUAUUGCAAGUUGUAUUUUAUGUUCUAUGCUAAGAAAAAAGAUGGUGCCAAAUAUGUUUCUAUUUUAGUUUGUGCUGCCUGAAUGUCCGAGUGUGUACUUUAAUAAAAUGCAUUGGUCACUAUUUCUCUAAACAGUAGAGGAGGUAUUAAAUAAUACUGUCCCAUGAACAUGUCCUCUGACUGCAGAUCCUCCUGAGGUGUUUUGAAUGUAAGCUUUAACUCUUUUUUCAGCUGUUCUGUCAUGUGAUGCAGUUGACUGGAACUUCAAUCGUGCACUUUGUAUCAGUUGUUUGUCCAAACAGGGUAUUUUGUUGAGUGAUUUAUGUACCAUGAAAUCAGAGCCAUAUAUAUUCUGAUGUUGAUAAUUGAUGUAUUAUGCUAAAAUGAAGGACAUGCAGUAUGUAAUAAAGUUUGCUGGUUUCAGCUUGUUCAUUA